AUGGAGGCGGAGGCAGGUAAAGACCGUCAAGCUCGUUGGAUUCAUGUGCACUUGCUGUACUUCCUCGCGAAGCCAGCAUCUACCAAAUCGGCCCAGUUACGCAUUCGCUUGGCCGGUGCUUCCGGUCUCCGUGUGCUGCUACCCUCACGGUUGAGUGUGGCAACACAUGUACGAAAGCACACGUACACACACAAACACAGAGCGAAAUUGGCCCAAAUAUGCUGA